AUGACUAUGGCCCUCCGACGACCGCAUCGGAAAUCUCGCCACGGCUGCACAGAAUGUAAAAGACGGCGAGUGAAGUGUGAUGAAGCCCGACCAUCCUGCUCCAACUGUGCCAAGCGUCGUUCCGAAUGUGAGUACGGGUCAUCAAGCUCGCUAUUAUGGGCAAAUGAGGAGUCACCUGCAAUCCGCUCGUCGCUCGGGUCCGACAGCGGACAGCCAGCCGAUCCGGUGCCAGGACUCGUGCGGUCAUCCUCGAGUUCAAUCUCCAGAACAGAGGCAGCAGACUCACUCGGGAUCCUAAGCCAGCUUGGCGAAAAUGCAGCGACAUCAGCGGGGCCCGCUCUGAACCUCAACGACCUGGAGCUGAUGAUGCAGUGGUGCAACACAACGUUCCACACGCUGUCACGCAGCGAGCGCACCGAUCCAAUCUGGCGCAACUAUGUGCCCGAAGAGGCGCUCUCGCACCCAUUUCUAAUGCACGGCAUCCUGGCCUUGUCAGCGCUGCAUCUCGCGCGGACGGGCCCCGAACCGUCUCGUCGGGGAUCGUAUCUCAACCGUGCCGUCGCGCACCAGAACCAAGCGCUGGCGCUGUUCCGGGAGCUUCUGGGCGAUGUAAAUGAGACCAAUGCUAAGGCGAUGUUUGCUUUUGCGGGAAUCGUGGUGAUCUACACGUUUGCAUUCCCGCAUACGCCGGACGCACAGGAUCCUUGGUCCUCCGUCGAUGAUUUGUACCAGGUUCUCGUAUUGACGCGCGGCGUGCAGCAGGUUAUUUUUGCACCGCGAGAUUUUCGGGAGUUCCUGGAGCAAAGCUCCUUCGGUCCGAUUUUACAGGUGGAGGAGGUUCGGGGACCGAUUCCCGAGGAGACAGGUGUCAUGCUUAGACGGCUACAUGAGGCGAAUGAAGUAUGCGGGGCACGGGAUCGGGAUCAUGAGCUGGAGGUUUACAAGGGAGCUAUUGUGAAUCUGGAGGAAAUGCUCAGCUGGUGCUACAGCGGGAUGAGGGCGAAUACGAUUGCCGGGAGGUGGGCGAUUCGCUUACCUGCCCGGUUUAUGGAGUUACUGCGCCAGCGGGAACCUUUGGCACUAGUUAUGCUUGCGCAUUAUGGUGUGCUUUUGCAAUAUUUGAAACAUCGCUGGUGUUUUGAUGAGUGGUGUGCCAGAGUUUCAAAGGUCGUGUGGGCGAUUUUGGACGAUCAGUGGAGACCACUGGUUGAGUGGGCAAUGAAAGAGAUCCUUGGAUCUAACUUUUUGAAACAGGUUGAUGAUUGA